GGCCAUUCCCACACCAAACCAACCAAAAACCAAAAACCCACUCCCACCCACUUCACCAACCCACCCCCACCCACCCCUCCCCUCCACCUGCGCCCGCCCGCCACCAGGCUAGACCCAGCCUGACCAACCCACCCCCACUGCUUGCCGAUCGCUCGCUCGCUCGCCGGCGAAGGACGAGGGGAGAGAUGACGCUCCUGUGCGUGCCGCUGGUGUCGCGCACGGUGGAGGCGAUGCAGGCCGACGCGGCGGCGGCCGCGGCCGCCGGCGCCGACCUCGUCGAGAUCCGGCUCGACUUCAUCGAGGGGUUCCGCCCGCGGGAGCACCUCCCGAGCCUGCUCCGUGGCUGCCCUCUCCCUGCCCUCGUCACCUACCGACCCAAUUGGGAAGGAGGCCAGUACGAUGGUGAUGAUGCUACAAGAUUUGAAGCACUCCGUUUAGCAAUGGAGUUAGGCGUAGACUAUGUUGAUAUUGAAUUGAAGGUUGCUGACAAAUUUAUCAGCUUUAUUUCUGGCAGUAAGCCAGAGAAGUGUAAACUUAUUGUCUCAUCACACAAUUAUGAAAGUACUCCGUCCUGCGAGGAGCUUGCAGAUCUUGUGGCUAGAAUACAAGCAGUUGGAUCUGACAUAGUGAAAAUCGCAACAACUGCUAGUGACAUUGCUGAUGUGUCACGAAUGUUCCAAGUGAUGGUGCACUGCCAAGUGCCUAUGAUUGGACUAGUGAUGGGCGAAAAAGGUUUAAUGUCAAGGGUGUUAUCCCCCAAGUUUGGAGGAUAUCUAACCUUUGGGACUCUUGAUGCUACAAAGAUAUCAGCACCUGGGCAGCCAACCGUCAAAGAACUGUUGGACAUUUAUAAUAUAAGGCGUAUAGGACCUGAUACAAAGGUUCUUGGUCUUAUUGCCAACCCAGUAAAACAGAGCAAGAGCCCAAUUUUGCACAAUAAAUGUCUUCAAUCUAUUGGAUACAAUGCUGUUUAUCUUCCACUUUUGGCAGAUGACCUUGCUCGAUUUCUCAGCACAUAUUCAUCUCCGGAUUUUUCAGGAUUCAGUUGCUCUCUUCCUUUCAAAGUGGACGCUGUACAGUGUUGCCAUGAACAUGACCCAGUUGCUAAGUCAAUCGGUGCCAUAAACACCAUAAUUAGGAGACCAGAUGGCAAACUAGUGGGCUACAAUACUGACUACAUUGGAGCAAUUUCUGCUAUUGAGGAUGGCAUAGGAGGCCCAGGAUCAAAGGAUGCUGCCAUCUCACCUUUGGCUGGCAGGCUUGUUGUUGUUGUAGGUGCUGGUGGAGCUGGUAAGGCAAUUGCUUAUGGGGCAAAGGAGAAGGGUGCAAGAGUUGUAGUAGCAAAUCGUACCUACGAAAAAGCAGUAAGUCUUGCUGCUGCAGUGGGUGGUCAUGCCCUGAGAUUAGCCGAGCUUGAAACUUUCAGGCCUGAAGAAGGGAUGAUCCUUGCUAAUGCGACAUCAUUGGGAAUGUACCCCAAUGUGGACGGCACCCCUAUCCCAAAGAAAGCAUUAAGCUUCUAUGAUGUUGUAUUUGAUGCGGUAUAUGCCCCGAAAGUUACCCGGCUUCUACGAGAAGCAGAAGAAUGUGGGAUUAAAGUUGUCAGCGGUGUAGAGAUGUUUGUCAGACAAGCCAUGGGUCAGUUUGAGCAUUUCACAGGUGGUAUUGAAGCUCCUGAAAGCCUGAUGCGUGAGAUAGCUGCCAAAUACACAUAACAGGCGAAUGGCGAAGCGACGGUUGUGAGUAAUUAGCCCAAAUAUUCCUCUGGGUUAAGUUAAUAAAAGUUUUGGAUGCCAGCCCAAUUUUGUGCUAGGUGGAGAUUAGUUGUUGUAAUGUUCGAUUUCGCCGACUUAACCUGUCAGAGAUGUAAACAGAAAGUGUUCAAUCUCAUCAUACUUGCAAUAAAGAAUUUGCAUGCAUAACUGCGCAGUUGCUUGAUGAUCAUGAUGAGUUUUAAGGAAACAAUACACAUCAAGCUAUGAUCAGGUGGUUUCAUGUUCAUCAUUCGUAAUGGAACCAAUAUCUGUGAUUGGCAAUGAUACAUCAUUGUAAUAUUCAGCUGCUUAUGCUCUACUCCUUUCCAUUGUACUUCAUGUCAGUCUGGAGAAGAAAGGUGUACGUGAUUGCUGGACGUUUGACCUAUGAAUGUUCAAGUCCAUUCAGAGAAUUAUUAUAUAAAGCUCUGGUUUAUGCCUAA